GGAGGUGGAUACAAUACAUGUUUGGGUGCAAAGCUCUAUCAUCCCCAUCCCAAUACAUGAAGAGUCCAAGAGCCGACGAAGACGAUGCAGAGCUGCUGCUGUCGCUCUCCUGCGUGGCGACGACGGCGAAGACCCACAGUGAGCCGAGGGCGGCGGUCGGUGUCUUCGAGUGCAAGACGUGCAGUCGCCAAUUCCCGACUUUCCAAGCGCUCGGCGGCCACCGGACGAGCCACAAGCGCCCGAGAACCGAUCGUUCCGCCUCCAAACGCAGCGUGCAUCGGUGCUUCAUCUGUGGCAUGGAGUUCGCGAUGGGGCAAGCUUUGGGCGGCCACAUGCGCCGCCAUAAGCCCACGGCCGAGGAGUACUCGAAACAGACUCAUCAGAAGAAGGAAUCGAGCAUGGCUGGUCUACAGAUUGACGUCUCCGAUGAUGAUCGGAUUGUAGCCCAUACGAGUGGUUCUUAUCAUCAGCUGCUUCAGUUAUUCGUAUAGAGAAAUACAGGAUUUGAUUGUAAUAUACAUUUUUCGUUUCUUUUCUAUAGAAAUUCGCGUUCAAAGCUGCUAUCACAUAGGAAUAGAGAAAUUAGAUAUUUCAUAUGCAUAGAAAUAUGAUUGAGAGAGACUA